UCAUGCCUAUGUACCCAGAGAAUUCGUGGACUAGCCACUUCGCUGGUCUUUUUCAUACCUACUUCGAAGCUUUGGACGACCUCUGUGAGUUUAGUGCACCAAAUAUUUCUAGUUGUCAUGUUGGAUCUAGAAUAAACGACAUGCUAUGGGGGAUGAAGCGAUAUCUGACUAAGAUGAGUUUAAUUACCUGGUUCCCUGACGAGUUUAAGUCCUGGUUUGAGUCUAGGGAAAAGAAGAAGGAAUUAGAAAGUUCUGGAAGGAAAAGCACGUUGGGAAAGAAAAAAAAGGAAGAGAAGAAAAAGCAAAAGCCCUCAAAAACUCGAAGUACAAGCAAGGAAAAGAGAUAAACAGGCCCUGUCAGUCAAUCCAAAUGAAUGAACACGUACAUUACACUAGUAACUUCAAGAGCUAACUCGAUAGAAGCCUGAUCCAAAGGGCAAUAAAAUAUUUAAAAGGAUUUUGGAAAAGCUUAGCCUAGCCAUCGCAGGGCAUAGCAAGCAGGCAAUCCGUUACUUGGUACUACAAUAGUGCCUUACAGGUGCGAGCAGUGUCAAAGGGGGUCUAAAAACCUUUAGUCCUAUACGACUCAUAUGUGCCAGACAGAUAAGAAGUCUAUACCUCCUGGUUCCUCUCAUAAUAUUCAUGGGCUUAUACUCUAGACACCUUUGGCUAAACCUUAAAGAUCUCUUACUAAGCCUGGCCAAACUUAGUAUCCAGGGCUUACUCCUGUAGCUCUCCCACCUCUUCCUUCAUAGCAGAGACCAACUUCUAGCAUUGAAAGCUGUUUUUGAUAAAGAAUGCGGCUAGGAAGUCAUGUUGAAAUAUACUGAGAUAUAAAUAGAUGCGCUCAGAUUUGAACAAUGGCGACGCACUCUACAAUAAUAGGGAAAGAUUUGAGA